UUGAUUGCCUCCUCCAUGUCGCGCAACCACUUUUUCCUCGCCUUAUCCGCCAAGGUGCGUCCAAGACUUAGAACAUUGCGCGCAAAAUGCGCGACUGAGUGUCAUGUGAUCCUAGAUUGCAUAUCAACAAGAGCAACAGCAGCAGUGCAAGGGGGACAUAAACAAGGAGGGCUGCCUUGUCCUCCCCUUCUCUCUUUCCCUCCUUUCUUUCUGUUGGGCUUCUUCACUCAUUCCUUACUCAUCCAAUCAUUCGUUCGUUCAGCAACUAAGAAUUAUUUCAAGGCGCGCAACAUUCUUAUGCUCAGGAACGCAGGAUAUCAGAGAACACCUAAUCCCGGUUCAACUGCCGGGAGCACCUACGGCCUGAAGCAGAUUUCGCUUAACAACAACAACAGCGACAACAAGAGAGAAACCACAUCGUCCUCAGAAAUGGCCAGGAGGAGACAGGUCAGGAAGGACAAUGUCAUACGUAAGAAACUGAACCAAGAACUUGGACGCAAGAAACCCUCGACACGGGCACAUAGGUCCACAAAGCCUGUCCAAGGCACUGUGGGGUCACUCCGACCGUCUCAAGCACUGACUCUUCUCGAUUCAGCGAUGGUAGUGGAUGCUGCAAGAAUUAUGGCGGCAAAAAGGGCGGACGCGGUGUUGGUGAUUGACCACGACUCUACACUUGUUGGAAUCAUAACUGAUAAGGACCUGGCUUUCCGGGUGGUCGCAGAGGGGUUAAACAUCCACAUCACAUUGAUUUCGCAAGUCAUGACCAGGAACCCAUUCUGCGUCACCACAGAUACAAAUGCCACAGAGGCAUUAAAUAAGAUGACCAGUGGAGGCUUUCGCCAUCUGCCAUGCUUGAACGCUGAAGGUGAUAUCGUUGGGCUGCUGGAUAUCACCAGAUGUCUUUACGAGGCAUUGGAGAAGCUGGAGAAGGCCCACAGAUCGUCGAGGCAGCUGGUCGAAGCCCUUGAAGGUAUGCAAGAAAAAUGGGCGCAGACUGCCAAUCCAGAACUACGUAGCUACGUUGACAUUAUGAGAGACAGAAUGGCAUCUCCAGGUCUGAAUGUCAUUCUGGAUGAAAACCACGGAGUGGCCGAGAUCCGAGCUAGGACGACAGUUCGGGAAGCAUCCAGGAUAAUGAAGCAAGUCCAUGCUACUGCCAGUCUAAUCGUGGAAGACGGCCGCAUUGCAGGCAUCUUCACCACCAAAGAUAUUGUGGUUAGAGUACUGGCUGCAGGAUUGGAGCCAGACAGGACUUCAAUUAUUCGGGUGAUGACACAUCAUCCUGAUACAGUCAAGCCUAGCAUGACUAUCCUAGGCGCGCUAAAAAAGAUGCACGACAACCACUAUUUACACCUGCCAGUCGUGGAUGAGUUAGGCCAUAUGGCUGGUUUGGUCGAUGUACUCCAAGUCUCGCUCGCAAUGCUGCGUCAAAUGAACACGAUCCAAAGCGACUGCUCGUCUGAGGGACCUGUAUGGAAUAACUUUUGGGAAUCGAGUUUUAAUAGAGAGGACACUGGAUCAGAUAUCUCCGCGUCGGACGGUCGAUCAGUGAUGGUCCCGGCCUCUGAGCUGCACUAUGGAACAGUCGGUAUGAUAGGAUCAGGGAUCAAGGUCGGAUCUGCGCUGAGCAGUCGAGCAGGAGAGCCAGGCAAGGGAUUAUCGUCGCCAAUGUCGCCAAUAUCUACAAGUCCGGUUGACAUUGAUCCGGAGUUCGUGUUCAAGUUCAAGAGCCAGACGGGACAAAUGCACCGGUUUAUGUCGAGCAGCCGCUCGUACAAGGAGUUGUACGAGAAGGUUGCGGACAAGAUGGAGUCGGGAGGACAGGCCAAGGGCAGAGGAGUGACCCUGAGCUAUUGCGACGAGGAGAAUGAUCAGGUGUUGCUUCUGCAAGACUCAGACGUGGUGGAUGCAGUACGGAUGGCCUUCCGCAACCGAUGGCUACUGAUUCGCUUGUCUGUCAUGGUUUCUCCUUCAGAGAACGGCAGCAGCAACGGCAGCAUCAUCAACGGCAGUAGGAAUAGUACAGGUCUAGGAGGCAUUGGAGGAUCGAUUCCUCUGGUGUCAGGUCUGGACCGGGUUGUGUUGGCAGGAGGCAUUGGUGUUGGCCUAGGCAUGUGUCUUGCCCUGGUCUGUACUGUCCUCAGGAAGUGACACUUUUCAAGCUCUUUAUCCCCUCCCUGCUUCCCUGUGUUCUUCGGUUCUUCGUCUAGUUUUUCCUAUUAUUUUUGUUUGUGUCUCGUACUCUUCUUUCACGUAAUUGUUACUUCCACGUCUAUUUUUCCCCUGGUGUGUGAGUGUCGCUAGAAAGAAAAGAAAAAACUUUGAUUGAGCGAUAGGACUGA